AAAAAAAAAAAAAAAAAAGUUGAAAGGGUUUUUUCUUUUGGAGAAUGAUAAUUUUUUUUUUUUUGAGUGACCCCCCCCUUCCCCGUUGUUUCGGUCCGUGUUUGUAAAGUUUAUUUGAAAUCGGUGAUUCAGAGCCGCGCCGGUUUUCGUUCCCUUUCCCCCGGCGCCGGAGCCGAGCCGAGCCGAGCCGGGAAGAGGAGAGGAGAGGAGAGGAGCCGGAGAGGAGAGCCGAGCCGAGCCGAGCCGAGCCGGGAAGAGGAGAGUUUGUUAGCGGCAGUCUCUUUGUUCUGAGGGUGCUGGUUUACUUUUGCAAGGUGAAGAUGCGUCUCAGCCUGUCGAGCAGCGUGUUGUGAGCCACCCUGCUGGCUGAGAUGGUGACGGUUCAGUCCCCGGCGUCAAUGAGUACCGGGCCUGUGUCACAGAUGAGUUCUCGCGCAGCGGGGAGGUCGCAGUCCUGAUCAAGCACAUGCAUUGCUGAGCGAUGGAUCGAUGCAAACACGUGGGCAGGCUGCGUCUGGCCCAGGACCACUCCAUCCUGAACCCCCAGAAGUGGCGCUGCGUGGACUGCCAAACCACGGAGUCAGUGUGGGCCUGCCUCAAGUGCUCGCACGUGGCCUGUGGGCACUACAUGGAGGAGCAUGCCCUGAAACACUUCCAGGAGUCGCGGCACCCGCUCGCAAUGGAGGUCCACGAGCGCAAUGUCUUCUGCUACCUGUGCGACGACUACGUGCUCAACGACAACCCCGAGGGGGACCUGAAGCUGCUGAGGGGGGCCCUGAGCACUGUGGUGCGCGGCCCCGAGGGAGACCCCUCCAAGCCCAGCCGCCGCAGCCUGCGCUCCCUGGCCUCCGGGGAGAGCCCCGGCUCCCAAUCCCACGGCGAGUCCGGCAGGCAGCCCGCCAUGCAGACGGCUCUGUGGCACCGGCGCCAAGCCCUACUCUGCAAGUCCCUGAAAGCCUGGUUCAGGAAGAGCUCCCGGGGCCAGCAGCGGCUGGAGGAGGAACGGAGGAAGCAGGAGCUGGAGAAGAGGAAGGAGGAACUGAGGCUGCGGAGGAUGGAGGUGAAGCAGCGGUUGCUGGAAGAGCUGGCCAGCUCCCCUCCUAGGAAAAGUGCAAGGCUGCUGACGCAGGCGCCCAGAGAGCACGCCAUCAUCCCCAGGAAGUUUCGGGAGCCCCCCGAGCGGACGCCUGUGCUCACUCGGAGGUCGCUGGGUGGCGCGCGAAAGCGGCGGAGAUGCUAUUCCUCGUCUAGGCGGAAGGUGACCCCAGGGGUGACAGGGUUGAGGAACCUGGGAAACACCUGCUACAUGAACUCUAUCCUGCAAGUGCUGAGCCACCUGCAGAAGUUCCGGGAGUGCUUCCUCACGCUGGACCUCUGCGAGACUGAAGAACUCCUGGCCAAAACCUCGGGGUUUAACAAGUCCAGGGUCGUGAACGGGACCCCCCACUCGAACGGUGGGCCUUGCCGCAAUGACAAGCCGGGGGGCCUGUCCGGCAGCAAGCAGAUCCUGCCCCCGAGCCUGAACGCGGCCGAACUGGUGCAGCCCAAAGAGCCGCGGUCCUCCCGGCAGAUGUCUCUGUGCCACGAGCUGCACACGCUGUUCAGGGUGAUGUGGUCGGGGCGCUGGGCCCUGGUCUCCCCCUUCGCCAUGCUGCACUCCGUAUGGAACCUGAUCCCGGCUUUCCGAGGCUACGACCAGCAGGACGCGCAGGAGUUCCUCUGCGAGCUGCUGGACAAGGUGCAGCAGGAGCUGGAGUCGGAGGGGACCAAGCGCAAGAUCGUCAUUCCCUUCUCCCAGAGGAAGCUCACCAAGCAAGUACUGAAGGUCGUCAACACCAUAUUCCAUGGGCAGCUGCUCAGCCAGGUGACCUGCUUGACCUGUAACUACAAGUCAAACACAGUGGAGCCGUUCUGGGAUCUGUCCCUGGAGUUUCCAGAGCGCUAUCACUGUGUGAAGAAGGGGGCCGCAGCCACUGCCUAUCACAGUGACUGCACGCUCACGGAGAUGCUGGCAAAGUUCACAGAGACUGAAGCUCUGGAGGGGAGGAUCUACGCCUGCGACCAAUGCAACAGUAAAAGGCGGAAGUCGUCCCCAAAGCCUCUGGUACUCGCGGAAGCGUGCAAACAGUUACUGAUUUACAGGCUACCUCAGGUCCUGCGACUGCACCUGAAGAGGUUCAGGUGGUCCGGUCGCAAUCACAGAGAGAAGAUUGGCGUGCAUGUGACGUUCGACCAGGUUUUGAACAUGGAGUCUUACUGCUGCAGGGACUCUCUGUCCUCGAUCCACAGGGAGAGCUUUACCUACGACCUGUCUGCCGUCGUCAUGCACCACGGCAAGGGGUUCGGCUCAGGACACUACACCUCGUACUGCUACAACACUGAGGGGGGUUUCUGGGUUCACUGUAAUGACUCCAAGAUGAACGUGUGUAGUGUGGAGGAAGUGUGCAACACCCAGGCCUAUAUCCUCUUCUAUACUCAGCGAUCAGUGCAGCAGACCAGCGUGGCUUGAACCCAGAUCCACACUCCUAGACUCAGGGCUGUCGCAAAACACGCCGAUCCAGGACUGUUUCCAACGUGCACCUAGGAACAGCCUGCCAUGCUGUCUUAAAGCAAGCUCCUAGUGCAACUGAAUUUCACUGCUUAACCACCAAAAACAACCGGAGCCCGAGGCACACUGACAACGUGGCCCACCGAUUUGAGCCGAGGGAAUUGGUAGGGAGAGUGGGCCACUGGUAUAAACUGUGGCCUUACCUAGAGGAGGCAGUGCGUCCCAGUUGAUAUGGCUUGGGAUAGUGGUUUUAGAUGAGGGGUAGAAGGCAUUGCAGCCAAGUGACAGAAAUAUCCACAUAAUAAAAAAUAAAAAAGCACCAGUCUGCAGGAAUCAGGUAUUUUUAAAUUCACUGUUGCAUAUCUUUCGAUCUCUCUUGGGGGUUCAGUGAUAUCUGUAGAAUACAGAGGGGUUUAUCACUCUGGCAUGAGUAACAAAAUCUCACCCACAGGGUUUACUAUUGAAUGUGCUGGCUCCCAGAUCUGCAGUACUCUGUUCCCUAUGCUGUGUUAUGCUAUACUGUAUUGAGUAUGCUAGCUGUCUGAUUGCUGGUCCUGACUUCACUAUACCGCAUUGAAUUUGCUGGCGCUCAGAUCCUCAAUACUGAGUUAUUUUACUAUUCUGAGUUUGCUGGCUCUCAGAUCAACACUGAGUUAACUUUACUGUAUUGACUUUACUGAGUUCUUCAUUUUAGGUUAGAAUAAAGCAGAUUUAAGAAAUGCUCAACAAACUAAGAAUCAUGCUGCCUGCGCUGAGAUUAAACUGUAUUCAUGGCACUGCAAUGUCAUUGCAGAGUUUUAAGUUUACAAAGCAUCUUAAAUUGUGGGUUUGAUUUGCAGUUAAUUUGUUUUGAUUUCUUCCUACUUAAAAGCUGCCUCAAGGAUACCAGUGCCAUAAUUGCAACGUAUUCCCAGCCAGAGAGUAAAAGUAGCCAGAGAGCUUUAGUUAAAAUGCUAGAAUAUUGUGCUUUACUGGAGCACUGGCUGUGUCUUGCCCAUUUUCAUGAAGAUUUCACGUACUUGGCUCGGUCCUGGUGUAGGUACAAAAGCUUUAGAGAGAAGAACUGCAGUACCAUGCAGGUACAACCAAUCAGGGCCUGGAAUAGCAGCCAUAUUGACACAUCAGCAUUUCAAGCACUGCCUGGUUUAGGCUUCUAUGUCUUUGCAGAUUGCUUGAAUAGUCUUGGGUUUAUGACACGUCCCUGGGGGCUGCUUUUUGUACUUCUGUUUGAUAUUGCUGCAGUAACAGUACAAUACCCCCCCAGUAAAGGUGUUGUAUUGGUGGUCACAGCAGACUGCUGCUUAAAUGUUUUCUCUUUCAUUUGAAUGCAGAAGGGUAUUUCUUUAUGCUCCUUUGCAGCUCUCAUUAUUGGGUACAUGCAAUCAAGCACAGGCUCACUUCCAGCUUGUUGAUGUAAAUCCUAGCCUAUUCCCUCUUUCAACAGCAUGCAUAUUCGUUUGAGCCCAGCUGCUAGUUGUUGCUGUUUUGCUCUUAGAAUUGUUUUUAGUGAUCUAGACCCAGAAACUUCUUGCAGCUGCACACAGGAGCAAAACAAACACUGCUCAAUGUGUUACUUGUUUUUGGGGAGGCUGCUUGUUUUGUAAGGAGUUUAGACAAUGGAAAGCCUAAUUCUCCCAGCUCGUUACCCAUUUAACAAUUGUAACUGAAUGAAACCCUACAAUCAAACCAAGCCUGGCAUAGUUCUAGAAAGAGUGAGAGAUUUGAUACACAUCUUAACAGAUCUGGUUAUUUCUUUUUUUUUAUUUUAUAGCAUGUGGGGGUGGUGGACUUUUUGUCAAAGUUAAUUGAAGGCGCUGUUGCCUGUAUUUCAUAGAAAGGUGCUUUUAUUUGUAACAUUGUAUCUGUGGUGUGGGGAGUGUGAGUUGUCAUGAGGACCAAAGCACUCUGUCAGACACUAAUAUUCUGCCUUGUCACUGAGGGGACAUACAGAAAGGCAGGUGGGAGAGCUUAUACUUGGUGCCUUUUUAUUACUCAUGUUUCAGUACUGCCCUCCUCUGGAGGACUCAAGGCGUUACAAAUGGACCAAUUCUGUUUAAACAUAUUUUCUGCUACUAGGUGCAAGUGGCACAUCAGCAUGUGUGUAUUGUACGAAUGCUUUUUGAAUAAUGAUUCAUGUUUCAUUGAUUUCAUAUCUGUACGUGGAUACAGACUGACCUUUACCAGCAAAUACAACUUUCAAUAUAUUCUAUGUCUGGGAAACCUUUGUAAUAUUGAGGAAAUUUGUACAAAAACAAAGUUUUUUUUUUUUUUUUUUCUUAAAUUCUGGUAUUUUUUUAAACUUAUUUCUCAGGCCUUCUGUUAAAGUCAGUGAUUUUUUGUUCCCCCUUUGUCACCCUGAAAUAAAAAAAAAAAAAAAAGGAAAAACUGAGGUGGAUGUCUUGAGUAACACUGUAUUAUCAGAAUCUCCUGUGCUGUUUCAUUUCUCAUGUCAGUAAACUUCAAGUAACCACACACACUGAACCCAGACAUGCAGCCUUCCUCGCCUGUACUGCUGCACCUCCAGCCCUGACGCUCUGCUUAAGAGAUUCACUCUGACACACACUGAACUGUGCCAAUCGCAAGUAUAAAGCCUGAGCCCCUGACUGACUGGAGUGAGAAACCCCCUUUCUAACACAGUGAGCCACAUCCAGUUGCAUGAUGUACGAGAGCUAAUUCACAGUGAAAGCAAGCGGUCCAACAGUGGAGCAAUGGUCAAAGCAAUGGAGAUUUUAUUUUGCCAUGUGUUUCUGGUCAUUUCCAAUGGUCUAGCUGAUCAAUAUGGGAAUGUAUUAAAAACUAUGUAAAGACAGAAUUGAUGUUAACCAAUGCAUGCAGCAGCCACAACAUUUACAUAAAGAAAACAAUGCUAGUAUUCUGAACGUCUUAAUCGCAUUAAUUGUCGGUCUCAUCAGUAUGAUAGGGCACACCCCUUCAGUCCAGGCAGCACAUCUCUCAGACAAUUCCCAGUCUCAUCACAAGCAGAAAG